AUGUGCCCCGUGACCUGCAACUCGGACCGUGCUCCCACCGGGUCCAUCCAGUGCAAGAACGGAAGAUGGCAGAGAAGCUUGAAUUGCCGGGAGAAACGAAAGGUCUGCCUGUCUCCAUUCAAGACAUUGACGGUCACAACGUCUGGCAAUUCCAACAAUCUUUGGAGCAUCAAUGGCGUCGUGCCGGACAAGCGGAACCGAUGUGACCUUUUUUCACGACAAGGGAAGAAAUGCAAGGGCACAUGCAGUUCAGGCUUUGGAACUGGACAGCUCCAUUGCAAAAGAGGCCAAACGGACACUUCCUUGGCUGCCACCGGCUUCUGGCAGGCAAGACCAAACUUUGUGUGCAGCAAUCCUGCCGUCGACACCUUGUAUCCACGACCUGCGAUCAGUUUCCUGGAGCAAGUGGAAGGCGAAAAGACCACCAUCCGCAUCACAGCGCGCAUCCGUCAUGAGCCCGACAAAGUUCGCUCGAAUAUCAAGAAGGUGAUCUUCAAAGAGCGGCGUAAUCGGAUGAAGAAAAGUGAAGAAACAGCUCCCUCGAGUGACACAACGUCGAGGCUGAAUUCGGAGGCGGAUGAGCCAGAGGAAGCUGAUGAGGCAACAGUGCAACGGCUGCUGAUGAGCUCAGUGGACGGCGGAGAUCAUCCCAUGAUGCCCAAAUGGUUGCGACCGAUGAGUCGGCGAUUGCAGACCAUAGAAACUUGUGAUGAAGGUGUGUUCACAGAACAGGAGACGUCCUGUCUGGACGGUGGCGAGUACGGUGCCUGUUACAACUGCCACGCGCUGGAGGUAACGACGCGCAGGCAAUGUUGGCGAGGCCGCUCUGGACCUGUAGGUUCUCCCCGCGGGGCCGUCUGCGGAAACAGCCUCAACGAUGGCGACUACUACAGCUGCCGCUGGGUGGGCUUCACCGAGCCCCAGACCUGCUACGCGCGCGCGCCGGUGGGAUAUUGCGUCAAGAAGAUUUGUGCCUAUCAGGGUGGCAUCAAGACGUGCACAGAAUAUGACCCUCCCAUCUAUGAACAGUUCUGUAUUGGAGAUCCUGAUGGGGGAGUCAUCGAGCAUGCCGUGAUCCAGUACACUUGCUGCGAUCAAAAUGUGGUGACCUAUGUGGGCACCGUGACGGGUGGAAGACUGGAUCGCAUGGGCAGAUACGAAAUAUUGGUGGGUGCGCGGAACAAUGUUGGAACCUCCUGGAGCGAACCGCACAGCAUUACCUGUGCAGCUUUGGUUUUGACAGGGACGGAUGCCUUCAAAUAUGAGAUCGAAGCCAAGUGCGAGGCGGUGAUGCCGCAAGAUACCUGUCGAGUGACCUGUGCGUCUGGUUACUUCGAGGAAGAGGUGCCAGGGAAGACCAACGGAGUGUACACCUGCACCGCCGGGCUAAACGAGGCUUUGGUGGGCGAUCCUCCACAUUGCCUCUGCAUGCCGUCCGCCGGUGCGGGUUGCAGAGCUGGAAAUGCCCCCGUUCAUGGUGCCCCACCGGUCCCUGUGGUGAACAACGCGAUCUGCCUACAAUGCGCCGUGGUGAAUGGUCAGCGCGGUUGGAACAGCAACGAAUACGAGCAGUGCCGAGUUUCGGGAGAUCCGCACAUCCAGAAGAGUUGGAGAUCGGAGAAGAAGUUCGAUCAUCAAGGUACGGGAAUCUAUCGCUAUGCUACCAUGGGCGUCUGCGCUGGUGGAAGCUUUGAAGUGCAAAUGUUCCAAUGUCAGUACAAGAGCGGUCGCAACUCCGUGGUCACCGGCGUGGUGGUGCGGCUGAACAACGGCGCCAGGGUCUUCGUCAACAAACGCAGCAUCGAGAUGGCGGGAAGCUCCCAGGUAGAGCCUAGUGAUUCGAUCCAUCGCGAUUCACAGGGAGUAAACAUCUACAGCGACGACAAAUGCGCAUUUCUCAAUGUGAAUGUGAAGACAAUGAGCAAAAAUCCAGGGCACAUGCACAACGUGAAGAUCAAGGUCUACAACGAGGACCUCACAGCAGAAGGUAUUUGUGGAAGUCCCGAGCUUCGGAACGAGUACAUUGCGCCUGACAGUGGCAGGAUGCUCUUUACAGCCGCACAGCACACGGCUUUGUGCAACCAAUGCAUCAGUUCAGGUUCACUGGCUCCUCCGGGAUGUCCUGGAGGAACCCCGCCAGCUCUGACGCAAGAAUGCUCCUUCUUGGCACCUUUAAAUCCAGCCACCGACGACGAGGAAUGCACUCCUGACAUCGAUCCCAAGAUUGCGGAUUUGCAGAACCUGCACGGCUCACGAAAUUGCGUGGUCUAUUCGUACCUCGGACGACGCGUGAACUGUCAGACCUUCUGUGGCGAGCGGAAUUCGGAAUGUGUUGCCCUGAUCGAUGAUGAUGAAAAGAGAAACACUCCCAAAUGUGUUCCCAGACAGUCUCUAGAGGAGGAGUCGUGUACUUCCUACAGGGUGAACACUGGCAUUUGCGUUUGCAAAAUUCCAGACAACAACGAGCCAGGUGACAACGUGCGCACGGCCUGCGCCAAUUCGGCAGAUGGCUUGACGGUGGAGCAAGCUGAAACUAUGUGCAAGCUGGGUUUGCAGCCAUUCUUGGACGAGGCCCUGUUCCCGGGCCGUGACAACGGCGGACGGCGGCUGCAGCAGCUGACGCAGACGGAGGUUGAUGCGGAUGCCACGCUGGAGGAUUGCAUGAUUGAUUGCUGCAGCUCCGACCCCGCGGAUCGUCUGUCCAUCAUCCAAAACACGCGCUUGAACCUGGUGACCACGACCAACGCAGCUCGAAGCUGCCAAAAGGAGGAUGGCCUUCAGUUGGAAACGGGCGAUGGUGCAUAUCCCUGCAGCUGCGCAGGCGUCGACUGCGUGGAGGGUCAGGCGUGUCUCAUCGUGAACGACGAGGGAAGCUGUGAUUUGAUACCAACGACCACCACCUCUUUAACCGCCACCUCUUCAAGCCUCACCUCUUCAACCACCACCGCCACAGCGCCGUGGCCGCAGAAAUGGGAAAAUCACUCGCUUAUGUGUGCGAAACAAGAUCGAUUGUGCCUGCGUUACCUGUUCUUCUGGGAAACGGCUAGCAUGUUGCAUCUUUACGUACAACGUACUUGUCCUGCCGCAUCCAGCAUCAGCAUCAUGUGA